AUGUCCUCCCUAUAUCAUUACUUCUUCUCUCACGUCUCCAAGACAGACUCAAUUCAUCAAUCCGCAAUUAAAUACCGCGACCUACGUCUCAAAGCACUAAAGGCUUCCCCAGAGUCCUUCUCUUCCACUUACGAAAUCGAAUCUCAAUUCACAGAGACGCAAUGGAUGGAUCGCCUCCUCCAAGAGGAUAGAGAGAACUUCGUCUGCAUCGCAAGCCCUGUCGACCCUGGCUCUUCGUCCACUUCCCAAUGGGUAGGACAAGUGACUCUGAGAGGUCCUGUCAGCAGAAAAGACUUCAUCCUCCCCGAAGUUUCUGGUCAGCCAAUGCCCGGCGAAGACGAAGAAGAAGAUCGUUGGCAGAUGCUCAGCCUGUUCAUCCUGCCAGAACACCAAGGACGAAAAUUGGGGCAGGGCCUGUGUAGGGAGGUUAUUAAGUAUCUGCAAGAAACUCCACAAAAGGCAAGAACCGUCGUGAGAUUGAUGGUCAAGCCCCAAAACACCACUACUGUUCACUUGUACGAAAAGCUUGGUUUCGAAACUGUCGGGAAAUGCACAUUGGCUGAGGCUCUUGUAGCAAACGGAGAUGGCCAUCUGCUCCCCGACGAUACUACAGUCGCCAGGUACUCUACUCGAUCAGGCUUGAUUAUGAUCUACACUAUCUCAAAGACUGCGUAG